UAUUGUCACGCCGCUUCGUUCGCGCGGGUUGGGUUAUGUUUGUGCGACACAUUCUUUCUCCGACACACGUGUGUUUAUCGAAUGGUGUCAGCCUAAAGUAUUUGUAAUUGUUCAACGAAAAUGUCGUCGAAGAAGAAGCCAGUGAGUCUCGCCGAAAAAAUCAGUAAUUUGGUCACCGCGGCACCUACGACUUUCGGCUCGGACGAUGAAGCCGAGGAGACGAAAGCGAAGGUAGUGGACUUCGACGACGAGAUCGACGAAAACGACGAUUUCGAAAACGAUUUCGGCAGUUCGAACAUCCGCAGGCGAAACGUUGCUCUUCUAGAGGACACUGACAAAAGGUACAAGGCCAAAAAGAUAUCCAAAAAGGACAUUUUCAAUCAAGAUGACAGCUCCGAGGCUGAGGGAAGCAUGGAGGAAGACGACGAAGAUGGCACAGAAGACAGUGCGGAUGAAGGGUCAGAUGGUGCAUCUGAUGUUGAUGGAGAGCAAGAAUCAGAAGAAGAAAACGAGAGUGAUGAUGAUGAGAAGUCAGACGAAAACGAAGACGACGACGAUGAUGAUGAGGAGGAGGAGGAGGAGGAGGAUGAAGAUGAAGAAUUAGAUUUUGAUGACAGCAUCGAUCUGUCUAAUCCUUUGAGGAGGAAUCGAGCUGACGAUAGAGGUAUCAAAACUAUGACUACUACAAAUGUUCGUGCAGAAAUAGAAAAAGGUAACUGCGUCAGAGAGCAGUUGAAGCUCUGGGAAAAUCUCUUGGAAAUGAGAAUAAAAUUACAAAAGUGUUUGGUGAGCAGCAAUAAAAUGCCGCAACACGAUAUAUACAAAGAUUACGCAUCCAAUGGUGAUUUUAAAAAGAACUGUAACGAUGCCAAGCAAAAAAUGAGUGGAUUGCUCAUCAAUCUAUUAGAUUUGCAAAGCAAUCUUCUAAAUAAUUUCCCCGAAACAAAGGGUAUUUUAAAGAACGACAGAAAGAGGAAAGCAAAUGAUGGAGAAAAAGUAUCCAAUGAUGAGGAUGAUAUGGAUGAGGAAAUUCCUUCUGACACGGAAGAUGAGAUGAAUGGUGAAGAAGAAGAAGAAGAAGAAGAGGAAGAGUCGGGAGAUUCAGAAGAAGAAAAAGUAGAAAAGAAAGGACCCCCUACAAAGAAAAUCAAACUAUCAGAGUUUGAAAAUAUUUUAGCCAAAAAUCACAAAGCGUAUACAGAGUACAGAAAUUCUGUAAUACAAAAGUGGAACGAUAAAACAAGGAUAGCAUCAGGUGUGAUAAGUAAAGGAGUAAAUCAGCCAGCUGUGAAGCAAAUAGAGUUUGCAUUAGCUAAUAAGGAGAAAUUACUGAAGAAAACACAGUUGAAGCGCUCGGAGUACGAUAUCAUUGGAAGAUCCGCAGUUUCCCUAGAGGACAAUGACGGACGGCGCGUCCAAGAGCACGAUACGGAAAUCUACGACGACGACGAUUUUUAUCACCAACUUCUGAGAGAGCUCAUCGAGUAUAAAUCAGCCGACAUAACGGAUCCGAUCCAGCUAAGUAAACAAUGGAUUCAGCUGCAAAAUAUGAGGAGCAAGAUGAAAAGGAAAAUAGACACCAGAGCCACGAAAGGCCGCAGAAUACGUUACAACGUACAUCAGAAGCUCGUCAACUUCAUGGCCCCGAUCACAGUAUUCGACACGUGGACAGACCACGCGAAAGACGAGCUUUACAGCUCGCUGUUUGGCAGAAUCAAGGCAGUGGGAGAGGAGUCGAAAGAAGCGAAGCCGACGUAGUAGAAAUCAUCGUUCGUACCAGGAAUCUUCGUUAUGAAUGUGAUAUAAUUUUUGUUAUGAUUUUUACAAAACACUAUACCAUACAUUUACGACAAUGUACAUGUAAAUAUGUUUAAUAAUAAUUAAUGUUUAGAACGAA